AUGAGGUUUCUUGUGUUUCUCCUACUCGUGGCAGCAGCGAGCGCCAGAGAGUUUACACGCUGCGAGCUGGCGAGGGCGCUCAAAGAAGCAGGAAUGGACGGCUACUACGGGGUCUCCCUGGGAGACUGGGUCUGCUUGUCCAGGUGGGAGUCGGACUACAACACUGACGCCAUCCACCACGACUAUGACGGGUCCACGGACUACGGCAUCUUCCAGAUCAACAGCCGCUGGUGGUGUGACGAUGGCAAGGGCCCAACUUCUAACGCCUGUCACAUCCCCUGUUCCAGUCUGCUCUCCCCUGACAUCAGCACCGCGAUUACGUGUGCCAAGCGUGUGGUCAGAGAUCCCAACGGGAUCAGAGCUUGGGUGGCCUGGCGACUGCACUGUGAAGGACAAGAUGUCAGCCAGUACAUCCAGGGCUGUGGAGUGUGAGACUGACACCUAGAGAGAAGCAUCGUUUUCCUUCCCCCUCUCUUCUGUGAUCACUCUUCUGAUUUUCCAAACCUGACACAUUGACAAAGGCUCAAUGGUGAAACACUUUUCCUCGAUUCCCUUGCUUUUCAGUAUAAAAAUAAUAAAUAAUAAAUACAUUUCUUCCAAAAACAAAAAUUCUACUUGCUUUUUGCCAGCGACAACCUUUUUGCCUUGCUGGGCCAAAUUUGAAUAAAGAUAUAAUUUCCACUAUUCUUGUAGUAUCUACUGCAUAUCUAGCAGCAACAUGAUGGUUUGAUACCUUGGACCCUUGAUGACAUGAAUCCAUUUUGUCAACAAAUGUAUUCCAUACUAUCCAUCCAUCCAUCCAUCCAUUAUCUUUAACCCGCUUAUCCUGAACAGGGUCGCAGGGGGGCUGGAGCCUAUCCCAGC